AUGAUAUUUUGUUUAGUGUUGAUUGUUCAUUUAUGUACAUUUUACCAUAUCGUCGCUGAGGAAGCUUCUUCCCCACUGAUAUUGACACCGUAUUUGGACAAGAACGACAUUGAAACAGCAAGAACAUUAUCCAAGGUAACUCCAGACAUUGGUGGUGUGACCAGUUAUGCAGGAUAUUUUACUGUGAAUAAAACAUGUAAUAGUAAUUUGUUCAUGUGGUUCUUUCCGGCCAAGAAGGAUUGGUUAGCAGCUCCUGUAAUCUUGUGGUUACAAGGAGGUCCAGGAUCGUCCUCCAUGUAUGGACUGUUUGAACUGGUUGGUCCCUUUAACAGCUUUCCCAGUGGGAUACAAGCCAGGAACUAUUCCUGGAACAAUUUGAGCAAUCUCCUUUUCAUAGAUAAUCCUGUAGGAGCAGGGUUUAGCUUUUCUAGUGGAGGAUCAGGGUGCUAUGCAGAUAGUAUUGAUGUUGUGGUCGAGGGACUCUAUUCAGCUCUUACCCAGUUCUUCCAACUGUUUUCAGAACUAAAAAACAACAAGUUGUUUCUGACUGGGGAAUCAUUUGCAGGUCAUUAUAUUCCUCCCUUAGCAGUGAAAAUACACAAGAUGAUUGAGCAAAACAGUACGAGUAUGAACUUGAAAGGAACGGUAAUUGGUAAUCCUCUUUUGAAGUUGGACUGUCACGACUACGGAAGCUAUCUUUAUCAGCUUGGUAUAGCUGAUCGCAAACUGCGGGAUAAUCUCUACAGAUACCAGUUUAGGUUGAAGUUAAAUGUGUUAUUUAAAAAUUACUCUGCAGCUUACGAUAAUUGGGAUUAUAUUUUAAAUAACUUAAUUGGUGAUAACACUGACAUUCCCAGCAGAUACAACAUUCUCACAGAAAACCCUGAUCCGAGCAAUUAUUUCGAUUAUGUGGUUACCCCUGCAGUUCGAGAUCAGAUUAAUGUUGGAAAUGUUAAUUAUUCAGACACGAACUGGGACGCAUAUUUCAGUUUGAGCCACACAAUAGCACAACCAUUUUCCUCUAGUGUGGAAGAAUUGCUGAAGACCAGAAAGUAUAUUGUUGGUUUCUAUAGUGGUCAAUUAGAUAUAAUAUGUAUGUACACCUCCACAGUUUGUAUUCUUAAUGGCUUGAGAUGGUAUGGCAGCAAAGACUAUCUCAGCGCAGACAGAAAAAUCUGGUAUCAAAAUGACCAAGUUGUUGGUUGGUUCAAGACAGCUGAUAAUCUCCUCCUAGACAUACUUAUAAAGGACGCAGGACAUUCAGCGCCUUAUUAUAAACCUGAAGCUACAUAUAUUAUGAUUGAGUCAAUAAUUUCUGCUCCCCCUGGAACAAACCCAUUAUGGAAACUUAAAACAAGUGAUUAAUUCAUUUAUACUGUAUUUCAUAUGUGCAAAAAAGCUUUAGAGAUAACAAAAUAUUAUAUAGUCAUGUAUUCUUUGUGAAAGAUCUUUUAUAAUCACAAUAUUUUUGAACCAUUACAGUUUAUUACAUUUAUAUACAUAAAAUUAUGAUAUUGAUAUCUAUAAAUAUAAUGUACUCGUAUUACUGUAAUCUAAGGUUUUUGGUUGGUACAUCCAGUGUCAUGACUAUCGUCUAAAUUUUAGUCUGUUUAGUUUUGGGUUUACAUAUUUUUUCGACUGAAAAUUAUUGUCUACAGCAAAGCUGAAAUUAAUGUCCCAAGAUUUUAAUUUCGUUAACAAUGUUUUGAUGUGGUGUGAACCAUAAAACUUAGA